GGUUGUUGAUUUAUGGUUUUGGGGAAAAAAAGUCAUAGGUGACUGAACAGAUUGUGCCUACUUUCUUCCUUCCGCUUUAAGUAAAAAGUGUGCAACCGAAAUUGUGUUGAGUGAAAAUGAAUAUUUGAAAAGAGAGACCAGUCGAAUUGAACUUGACCGUAGCUUGUACGUUGUUAGUGUUCGAUAGUGAUCCAAAAAACUCUUCAUGUGAACGAGAGAGUGUAGUAAUAAUUAAUCUCAAAUUUAAGCAAGACGGUAUCACUAAACUGUAAAUAGCAGACGUGGUAACCUGAAAUACUGCUCAGUUGUGUGGCAUUGAUCGCGGAGAUAAGUCGAAUUGGUCAGGUUUUUCCGCCAACGUUUUAAGAAAUGUCAGUGCUCGAUUGGGAUAGUCCUAUCAGUAUAGUAGGGUACGUGGUAACGGCCACUGCAGUGUUUCUGUCUUUAUUCAAGUAUUAUCUCUACAUCACAUGCGGAAAAAUCACAUCCAGUAGGAACAUGGAAGGCAAAACCGUCAUCGUUACCGGAGCCAACUCCGGCAUCGGCAAGGAAACGGCACGGGAUCUGGCCAAACGGGGCGCUCGUGUCAUCAUGGCUUGCCGGAAUAUGGAGACCGCAGCCCAGGCUCGUGAUGAAAUCAUCGCCGAGUCAAAAAACACCAACGUCUUUAUCAAACACGUGGACAUGAGCUCACUGGCAUCGGUACGUGCUUUCGCCUAUGAAAUACUCUCCUCCGAGUCAGUCGUCGAUGUCCUGAUCCACAACGCUGGCGUUGCGGAAGGUCUCAAAGCAAAAGUGACCCCGGAUGGGCUGAUAUUCUCGCUGGCCACCAAUUACUACGGACCGUUCCUGCUCACGCAUCUGUUGAUCAAUAUGCUGAAAAAAUCCGACCAAGGCCGAAUCGUUGUCGUGUCCUCCAAGCUGUACCGCUACGCCUAUGUCAAACGAGAUCUCAGUAACAUCAACCCGACGCAUUCGCUGUACUCCAUUGUGCCGAGCAAGAUGUACAACUUGUCCAAAUUCAUGGAAAUCAUGUUCACCCAGGAACUGGCCCGCCGAUUGCAGGGGACUCGCAUCACAGCCAACUGUCUUCACCCGGGAGUGAUCGAUACCGGCAUUUGGCGCAACAUUCCCUUCCCACUGAACUUGGUGUUCAAGCCCAUCCAGUGGUGCUUCCGUACGCCCGAAGAAGGAGCCAGAUGUACGGUGUACGUGACGGUGACACCGGAAGUUGCACAAAUCAGCGGAAAAUACUUCCGAGGAUGUAAGGUGACGGAAAUUAAUCAGCGGGUGCAGAACAAGGAGAUUCAGGGAAAGCUGUGGGAGGCUUCUCGAGCUUUGGUGAAGCUCACCGAGGAGGAUCCGAUGAUCUAACGAAGGAAGAUGUGUGGUUGUGAAUUUGUUCAGAAAUGGCAUUUUUAUUUUAGGCAUUGUAGUAGUUAAGAUAUACCGUUAGAUAUGGCGGUGACUUGUUAGUGAUCGAAAUAAGCUAUCUAAUGAUUGAACAGGGUUGAAAAACAUUGAUUAACUCAGUGGUACAUUUACGAUGAUGCCUAUGUAGAUUGAAAAUACGGAUGAUGAGUCUCCUCAAUAAUAAAUGAAAUGUUGCAAUUUUUACCAUAUUUCGGAUUAUUCUUAGCUGGUAACCCAGACAAAGGCCAUCAACGGAAUAACAAAACAUGAUACAUGUGGAUUUUUGAUAUAAGAGAUAAAAGAACAGGCAACAAUAUACAAAAUUGCAGCGAAAUAUCAUUUAACUAUCAAGCUAAAAAUGUUCUAGUGAUAAGAAAUAAAACUAAUGGCACUCCAUCACAGA